AUGGCGGCGGUGGGGAAAUUGGCGAAGGGUUGGGGUCGUUCGUUGUUGAGGCCCGGCGGGCCGGGGGAAGCGGUGGGGCGGCGAGGGGUGCGGGCGCUGCGGCGGAGCCCGGUGCGGGUGCUGCCGCCGCGGAAGGAGCGGGGCGCGGCGGCCGGGGAGCAGCAGACAUCCCGGGAGCGACUUCUCCCCAGAAAAGUGGUGACUAUCGCCAAGUCGAAGAAGUUUCGGGAUCAUCACGGGAAGGUUCUGCUGGAGGGUCACAGGCUGAUCAAGGAUGCCCUGGAGGCAGGAGCUGUGCUGCAGACUCUCUUCUUCAGCACCGUGGGGCACCUGAAGGAGCUGCCCGAGGCAGAGCUAAAACGAGCCAACUUAGUUAAGGUGAAAUUUGAAGACAUUAAGACCUGGUCUGACGUCGUAACUCCUCAGGGGCUUAUAGGGAUCUUUUCCAAGCCUGACCAUGCCAAGAUGUCUUACCCUGCCGCUCAGCUAGCCAGCUCCCUGCCACUGCUCCUCAUCUGUGACAAUAUCAGAGAUCCGGGAAACCUGGGGACUAUUCUGAGAUCUGCAGCAGGAGCAGGCUGUGAGAAAGUGCUGCUCACCAAAGGCUGUGUGGAUCCGUGGGAGCCAAAGGUGCUCCGUGCAGGCAUGGGGGCUCACUUCCGUCUGCCCAUCAUUGCUAACCUGGACUGGGAAUCUGUUCCCAGCAACCUUCCUGCCGGCAUCCAGGUCUGCGUGGCCGACAACAAAGAGCCAGGUGCUCAGGCUGAGACCACGUCCAUGCCAAGGGGAGCUGGCAGGGCUGGCUCUGCUCCUGGCAACCUGAAGGCUCCUGUAAAAUCCAAACCCAAGGCUGCUCCUGAGCCCGAGGAUGAGGAGGAGGCAGCGGAUGUCUGUGUCCCAGAGCUGGCUGUGCAGUAUUACUAUGAGAACUGGACGCAGACUCCAGUGGCAGUGGUGAUCGGCGGGGAGACCCACGGUCUGAGUCCAGACGCGCUUCACCUUGCAGCCAGCACGGGGGGGAAGAGACUGGUCGUUCCUGUGGUGCCAGGUGUGGACAGCUUGAAUUCCGCUAUCGCUGCUGGCAUUGUGCUGUUUGAGGGGAAGAGACAGUUGCUGCGGAGGCACAAGCAAGAAGAUGAAAGGCAGAAGUUCCCUGUAGUGGGCUAAACGGCUGAGGUUUGGGUGCUG